AUGUCCGGAAGGCGGCAGAAAAGAGGUAUUUUUAACUUUGUAGGAGAAAUCAGUAAAAUAUUGUUCGGCACUCUGGACGACGCGGAUGCUGCAUAUUAUAAAACGCAUAUCGAUCGGAUGGAAGCAAGAUCCGAGCAGUUAUCGAAGUUGUCAAAAGAGCAAGUGGCAGUAGCCAGAGCCACGCUGACUGUAAGUGCCAUAGUUCACGCACAGAAGGGUAUCCUUGGACCUCAUAUUGUGAAUCCAGUGCAGAUUGUUCAGAAUUUAAGAUUAAUUCAAGACGACUUAAGAGACGGCACACCUUCAAAAUGGGUAUUUAAGGGCAUCCACGAGCAGCAAGAAGGAGAGCCGUCGCAGAAGUUGAAGAGGGCACAAGCAGACGAGGCCCGGCAACAUCGAGAGGGUAGCAGCCGCUACUGA